UUGUUCCUUAGUUUACACAAUUUAUUUCAUAAGAUUUUUUUAGUAUCGUUAAGCUUUCGUAAAGCCGUUUCGCUUAAACGAUAAAGGAAGCACUAAUAUGACUAUCGCUCUUCACGAAAUCCUUAAAAUACGUAUCCUCGAUGCUAUAAGAUCUGUUCAACCUCCUGGAGGCUGGAAGGUUGUGGUGGUAGAUGAAGCAUCAUUAAAGAUCAUAGAGUCUGCUUGUAAGAUGUUUGACAUUCUCGAAGAGAAAGUAACUUUGGUAGAAAAUCUUGAAAAACCCCGUCAAGCUUAUCAAUCACUUGAUGCUGUCUAUAUAAUUACUCCAACUUACGAAUCUAUCAAUAAAGUGAUCGAAGAUCGUAAAAACGGACCGUUAUACGCUGGUGUUCAUUUAUUUUUUACGUCAAGACCCGAUGAUCGAUUACUUCACAUGGUAGACAGCUCAUUACCGAAAGAAUAUAUGAGACAACGUCAUGAUCUCUUUAUCGAGUUUCAUGCUAAGGAAGCACAUGUUUAUUCAUUCGAAUCACCUUCAAGUUUUUUCAAAUUAUAUUCACCUGCGGAUACAGAAUUUGAUAAUGAAUUAAGGAUAAUUGCUAAAAAACUUCUUUCUGUAUGUAUUUCCAUGGGCGAAAAUCCAUUGAUUCGUUAUCAAAGAUCUCUCGAUUCUGAUCAUGCUACAAAAGCUCUACCUUAUAAAUUGGCAAUGUUAGUUCAAAAUGAAUUGGAUUCUUAUGUCAGGCUAAACCCAGGAUUUCCCCCACAAGAUUCUCCACGUCCACGUGGUAUUUUAUUUAUUGUGGACAGGACUAUUGAUAUGUAUGCUCCAUUUUUACACGAAUUUACCUAUCAAGCAAUGGCUAAUGAUCUUUUGCCAAUUGAAAAUGGUCAUAAGUAUGAGUAUAACUAUACUGGUGAAGAUGGUACUCAAGCAACAAAAGAAGCUAUACUUGAUGAAUCUGAUAAAAUUUGGGUUGAAAUUCGACAUAAACAUAUGAAGGAUUGUAUUGAUAAGCUUAUGAAAGAUUUUAAUGAGUUUUUAACCGACAAUCAGGGGUUCGCUGAAAAAGAUAAAGCUGUUAAUUUGAAUGAUAUGAAAAAAAUGUUGGCAACCUUACCACAGUUUCAAAAUAUGAAAGAAAAGUUUUCCGUACAUUUAAAUAUUGCACAAGAAUGUAUGUCUUUGUUUGAGAGAGAAAGACUUGCAGAAACAGCAACAAUGGAACAGAAUUGCGCUACAGGACAUACAGCCGAUGGUGCACACCCAAAAACCUUGGUUGAAGAUAUGGUCCCACUAUUAGAUAAUCCUGUUGUGAGUUCGUUAAAUAAGACUAGAAUGCUUAUGUUAUAUAUUAUGUAUAAGAAUGGUAUUCUUGAAGAGGAUAGACGUAAAUUGCUUGCUCAUGCAAGAAUUACAUUAGAGGAGAAUGAUGCUUUGAAUAAUUUGACGUUAUUUGGAAUCAAAUUGCUUAGAGCUUCAAAGAACAUUAAAAAGAAUAAGAAAUAUCGACAAAAACCAAGUGAUGAUAUUCAAUAUGAAAUUUCCCGUUAUAUUCCAAGACUAAAGCUCGUUAUAGAGAGUCAUAUUAAUGGCCAAAUAGAUCACACUGCGUAUCCAUAUACAAAAGAUCCAACAGGAGAUCCUGAUGGUUCAAAAGGAACACAACAAGGUCCUGUAUCUUUAAGAAGCGCAAGAGCUGGAUGGUAUAAAAAAGGCCAGGCGGUUGAAAAUCGAGUAGGAAGGAUAAUAGUUUUCGUUGCUGGUGGAGUUACAUAUUCUGAACUUCGUAGCGCUUACGAGAUUAGUGAAAAUGAAAAAUUGAAAAAAGAUGUCGUUAUUGGAUCGACACAUAUCAUUACACCUCAACAAUUUGUUGAUGAUUUGAAAGUUCUUCGAACGAGAGGAUACGCGCAACCUCCAGUGCAGCCUCAAUUUCAACAACCUCAAUUGCAACAACCUCAAUUGCAAUCUACCCCACCACAAUUACCACCUCGUCAAGGAUUACCACCAAAACCGGAUAAUGCACCAAAUUAUUAUAUUCAACCGCAACCGCAAUCGCAGCAACAACAACAAAAUAGAUAUUACCCAGGUGGACCGGUGGUGGAUAUGGUGGAUAUCAACAAGGAUAUUCACCUUCUGGAUAUCCCCAAGGACAACCAAGCUAUCAAACACAAGCUCAAACUCCAUAUGGCUAUGGAAUACCACCAAAUCAACCAAAUCAACAAUAUGCUAAUCUUCAAAAACCAUCUUCGGCUGGUUCAUCAUCAUCAACAAGUUCAUCAAAACCUAAAUCUAAACUUUUUGAAAAGUUUGGUAAAUAUUAAGCUAAUUUUAUUUUAAUCAUUAUUAUUAUACAUUUGUAGUUUUAAUUUUAUAGACAGAUUUCAUUAAUAUAAACAGAAUUAAAUAAUUAAUACUAGGGUACUGUAGUUAUUACAAAUUUUUAUUUUUGAAUAAUAUAUUUAUUUAGUAUUCUUUAUCUAAAUAUA